ACUUGGAUUGUUUCUACUUCUCCAAGAGUCUUGUGCUUUGAGAAUCACUUCAUUUUUGAUCCUUGUGGUUAUUCACUUCAUCUUAACUGAAGCUUCAUCACUAAACUACUUCCCUCUCCUCAAAUUGAAGGGUAACAAUGAAGUGUGCAAUACAGAUAAAGCACUCCUGAUUUUCAUGCCAUAUUUCACUGUGCUGAAUGAAGGAUUUGCUUUCUCUGUUUUAGGUGCUCUUCCACCCAUCAAGAUGGAAAGCUCAGAUUCUAGUGAUAAAGGCAGUAUUGAUCAAUCAGAAGCACAACGUCAGAGCCAGCUAGAUCGGCUGGAUCGAGAAGAAGCUUUCUAUCAGUUUGUCAACAACCUGAGUGAAGAGGACUACAGGCUUAUGAGAGACAACAAUUUGCUAGGAACACCAGGUGAAAUUACUGAAGAAGAGUUGCUGAGAAGGCUACACCAAGUUAAAGAAGGUCCACCACAGCAAAACAGUGAUGAGAAUAGAGGUGCAGAGUCCACAGAAGAUGUUUCAAAUGGAGAUUCCAUCAUAGACUGGCUUAAUUCAGUCCGACAGACUGGAAAUACAACACGAAGCGGGCAACGAGGAAACCAGUCUUGGAGAGCGGUGAGCCGGACUAACCCAAACAGUGGCGACUUCAGAUUCAGUUUGGAAAUAAACGUCAACCGUAAUAAUGGGAACACGAACCCGGAAACUGAGAACGAGCCAUCUGUGGAGCCUUCCGGUGGGGAGGAGUUGGAAAGCAGCCAAAGUGACUCUGAAAUUCCAAGGUCUGAAUCACCAUCUGCAAGGCAGCCUGGAUCAGAAAGGAGCACUUCAGAGGAGCUAGCAACCGAGGAAGCUUCCCCUCCUAGAGGGCAGAGGAGAGCCAGAAGUAGGAGUCCAGAACAGCGGAGAACGCGGGCUAGGACUGAUAGAAGUAGGUCACCAAUAAAUCCAGUGAGUGAAGCUCCUCGCAGGUCUCAUCACAACACAUCAUCUCAAACACUUGACCCCUCCUCAGUGAAUGAAGCUGAGGGAAGCUCUAGAACUAGGCAACACGUGACAUUAAGGCAGCACACAGCAGGGAUUGAGGUGCCUGGUGAAAAUGCCGUUCUCUUUUCGACCCCUGAAACAAGACCUGCUCCUCAAGCAGCAGGUUCUUCGGAAACCAAUGGCAGCAGUGAGUCUGCAGCUCCUGGGCAAAGGCCUCCUACCAUAGUACUUGAUCUUCAAGUGAGAAGAGUUCGUCCAGGGGAGUACCGGCAAAGAGACAGCAUAGCCAACAGAACUCGAUCCAGGUCCCAGACCCCCAACAACACGGUCACCUACGAGAGCGAGCGGGGAGGCUUCAGGCGCACGUUUUCCCGUUCGGAGCGGGCUGGAGUGAGAACUUAUGUCAGCACCAUUAGGAUUCCAAUCCGUAGGAUCUUAAACACAGGCUUGAGUGAGACUACAUCCGUUGCUAUUCAGACUAUGCUGAGGCAGAUCAUGACAGGUUUUGGAGAGCUGAGCUACUUCAUGUAUAGUGAUAGUGAUGCAGAUCCUAACGGCCCAGCUCCAAACCAGAAUGUGGAUGCUUCGGAGGCACAGAAUGGUGGUGGUGGGACUUCAAGCAAUGAAGGCACAGAUGUUAGCUCAGGGGAGGUGUAUGAAGGUGGUAACGAAGGCAGUUCCACCUCUGGUGCCAGACGGGAAGGUCGGAAUACGAGGGGAUCGGUCACUUUUGAAGAAAGCGGUUCUCUACCGUUCCUUAGCCUAGCACAGUUUUUCCUACUCAAUGAAGAUGAUGACGACCAACCAAGAGGACUCACCAAAGAACAAAUUGACAACCUAGCCAUGAGGAAUUUUGGUGAGAGCGAUGCUCUGAAAACCUGUAGUGUCUGUAUUACAGAGUACACGGAGGGCAACAAGCUCCGUAAGCUGCCUUGCUCGCAUGAGUAUCAUGUCCACUGCAUCGACCGCUGGUUGUCAGAAAAUUCCACUUGUCCCAUUUGUCGCAGAGCAGUCUUAGCUUCUGGGAACAGAGAGAGCGUUGUCUAAACACGCUCUGAAUUGAUGGCCAAGCAGCUAGUGUGAUAGUGAUGGGCAAAGAAGUCACUUCCUUUAUGGCCACUUUUUGAGUGGUACCUCGCUGUAUAGUAAUGACUUGGAGUGAAUCUUCCCUCAUGAAAGCAUUUUCUCUGGAUUAUUCAAGCUUUUCAAAUUGGAGAAUUUCUUUUAAUUAGGGUUUUCAAGAUCUAGUCAGUUUGGGUGUUAAAUUCCACUUCUCCAAAGACAUUUACUCACUCAAAAAUGUUUGUUUUUUUUUCUUUGUGAAGAAGUAUUAAGUUCUUUUCUCCCACCCAGCGCUUCCCAUCCCAGUCCAAUAACCAUUUUUGUCCUCAAGAUUGUGCUUACAAGGAGCUCUUGGAGAAAUCAUCUCAGCUAAAUGUCUGUGAGCUGUAGGAGGAAUUUGUGCAAGGAAUCCAACUCUCUGAAAAAAGAAAUAAUAUGAACUUGAUUGCACACUUGGAACAUACUUUUAAUUUCCAUACUGGGUUAAUAUUGGACAUGCCUGUGUAAAUAACACUAAUGUUAGCCCUUUCCCCAUCACUAUGGCACGCUGUAGGAUGAGCUGGUAGCUUCAUUGGGAUAUUUAUCUUGUUGUGGAAAUACUAAGAAUUGCCUAUGCUUCUUUAAAUAAAAAUCAAAACAAACCAACCCCAGAUCUGGUUGAAAAUUGUAAAGCUUUUUUUGUAGAAGCUCAGUACUUUUCCAAUGCACUGUUGUACUAAUGCAUUAAGAAUUAAAAUUGUACCAUGCUUAGAAAUCAAGAAUGCUUUUCAUACAGACCCCACCAGCCAGAGGCCAAACUAAACCCCAGAGAACUGCUUUUGUACCUGUGGCCCUGUCAGGGGCAGUGUGUAUCUGUACUAAUUGUGUGAGCAGCUACUGUAAUAUAAAGCCAGUUGAAUUAGACAUCUUAAUUACAUUAAAAAAAAAAAACCAAACCAGAAAUUAAAUAAUUGCAGUGUUUUGGCUCAGCAAUGCCACCAAAAAAGCUGAUAAAAAGUAGAAACUGUUCCAACAGCUGGUUAUUCCUUGAGGUGGUUGCUAAUAUAAUGCAAAGCAGUGUGUACCCGUUCAUUCCGUGAGGUUUAUGCACAAUUCGUCUCUCAGCAUUCAGCUUUUGAGGCAACUCUUGUGUAACACGAGUACUGACAGGUGGUUUUUCUUCCCCUCCAACUUACCUAUAGCAGUAACCUCUGUGCAGUAAACAUGCUGCUGGACCCAGGGUUGGUAGUGUGGGACUCGGGUGCCACAGAAAAAUAAGUAUGAACUGGGAAAUAGAUGAUUAAGUUCAAUUUGAAAAUGAUAAUUGCUUAUGUGAGUACACUUAAAUGUGUAACCAGUUCUAACAAUAACAUUAAAACUCACCAAACUUUUGAUCCUCUGUAGGACAUACUAAAAUGAGUUGAAUUUACUUACAGAAUUGUGUGGAAUAUUGAGAUUUGGAGAAUGUAGCUCAGUUCUCAGCAGUGUCAGGGGAAGACAUCCUUCACUCUUGGUGACCUGGUCUUUGGUUUAUUCUCUAAUGAUUAUUCCUUUCCUAGCUGACCUGUGCAACAGGGAGAACUGUAUUUGUUUCCACUCCAGGGCAGUUGUUCCAAAGGGAUAUGACCUGCUCUUGCUGGCUCUAGGGGAAGUGUUGCUUGUUCCUCAGAUGACAGAAGCAAAGCUAGGCUUGUCUUUCUCUCCUAAUUAAAACACAUUUUUGGUGUUUUAUAGUGGUGGUUGCAUAAACUAUAAUCUCUGCUCCAAGCUAUUUUAACAUUUCAUCAGGUAGUUAAAGAUUCCACACUGUCCCAAAAUUCCCAGUUUUCUUCUGUGUGCAUUUUGUGGUGUUUGGUUUGGCAGGAAACCCUGAUUGGCUCUGGAGCUUGCUCUCCUGCUGGUGGGACACACCGUUGUGGCCAAGGGGAUAUGUGUCCUCUUUUUGAAGAGAAGAAUAAAUAAGCUCAUGUUUUUGAAUAUUUCCCUCUGACAUCAUCAGUGUAAAGUGGAAGUUGGUUACUCAUUUCAGGUGCUGGGCUCCCUAUGCCAAAAUUUCCUCAACAAAAGAACACUUUGAAUUUCUUCCAGUAGCGUUCACGCAGCAAAUAUUAUCAGGUGCAUUCCCAGUAGCUUUCCUGACUUACUGGAACAUAGAAUUAGAAGACCCCUUUCUAUGUGAAUCCUCUGUUAGAUUUGAAAGUGUGACUUAACCUCUGAGGACUAAAGAAGCAGCCCACUGGUGCUGACUGGUGUGGGGCACAGCCGCGAUACAUGUCGCUCAACAUUGCUUUCUUUAUAUUCCGAGUUCCCAAUAGCUUUUCACCUUAGAAUCAAUUUCCAGUUUUGUUCUAGCUUGAUAGUGGCAUGCCUUAACGUUUUCUGUAACAGCAGCAGCUAAUAAAAUUUUGGAGGUUUCCCAAAUGGUACAAAUAAUUUCACCUCAGUUCAGGAGGCCUUGACUCUUCUCUGUGCUUUUUAUGCUUUCUCCAAUUCCAGGCAUGCUAAAGGUGUUGGGGUUCAUGGUCUGAAGUGUGGGAGAGCUGGCAGAAAUUAAACUGCUGAUAUAGCAGAGUCCUCUUGAUGUAGCUGAGUCAUCUGUCAGCCACUGUGGCAAUUAAUUUUCUGUUCUUUUCAAGUUAGGUUGGAGCUGGGAAAAGCCAAUGUUAACACUUCAGUUGCUAAUGAAAAACUCAAUUUAACAAGGUUUGUGAUUAGCUUAACUUACAGUUUAUGAAUCAGUCUAGUAUUGAGCAUUUGCACUUAACCACAUCCCUCAGUUUAUGCUUGCAUGGUGUUACAGGAGAGGUAAAGCUUCUUAUCUUCUGUUGGUAGCAGCAUGCUGGGUUAAGAUGGCUUGUUUUGUUGCUUUCUGAGGCCUGACGGUAUGGAAAUGGUGAGUCUGGAGAGACAGAGGCAGACGAGUUGCAUCAGCUGCCUGGUCCACAGUGCCACCAUGUGGGAGCCUCUCUCAGGCCUUCUCUGAAAGCC